AAGAAAAUGCACGCGAAGACCGACUCAGAAGGAACCAGUGUAGACACAUCAUGGGCGCCAAGGUCCCCGAGGAGACCAGUAUACUACGUACAGAGCCCGUCAAAUCACGACGUGGAGAAAAUGUCAUAUGGGUCAAGCCCAACUGGAUCACCAGCACACCAUUACUAUCACUGUUCACCUAUUCAUCACUCUCGCGAAUCAUCCACUUCUCGCUUCUCUGCUUCUCUUAAGAACCCAAGAAGCCUUUCUGCUUGGAAACAUGUUCAGAUCAAUCACGGUCACGAUGAUGACGACGACGACGACGACGACGAUGAUAACGGUGGUGAAAUGGGGGGUCGUUAUUAUGGCCAUGGUUCUGCUCGUAAUAUCAGACUGUAUAUUUGUGGGUUUUUGUUCUUUGUUUUGCUGUUUACUAUCUUCUGCUUGAUUUUAUGGGGUGCUAGCAAGGCUUACAAGCCUCAGAUCAUCGUUAAGAAUAUUGUGUUCGAGAAUUUUAAUGUACAAGCGGGGAAUGAUCAGACAGGAGUGCCAACAGAUAUGUUGUCGUUGAAUUCGACGGUCAAGAUUCACUACAGAAAUCCCGCAACAUUUUUUGCCGUCCACGUCACUUCAACCCCUCUUGAACUUCACUAUUACCAGCUCAAAAUCGCCUCUGGACAGAUGAAGAAGUUUACUCAAUCAAGGAAGAGCCAGAGGAAAGUGACAACGGUGGUGCAUGCUUCUCAGAUUCCCCUAUAUGGUGGUGUACCACUUCUUGCUAGCGCGAAAGAGCACAUUGAGAAAGUAGCAGUGCCUCUGAACCUAACAUUUGUGGUGAGGUCAAGAGCUUAUAUUCUGGGAAGAUUGGUGAAAUCCAAAUUCUAUAAGCGUGUCAGGUGUCCUGUUACUCUCCAUGGCAACAAAUUAGGCAAACCCCUUAAUUUAACACAUUCAUGUGUUUACCACUGAAUGAUUUAACAUCUUCUGGGGUUAGUAAGAUAUGUUGUUUCAUUACAUUUUUUGCUGCUUUAAAUUUUCGUUCCUACCAUGUCUUGUAAUCAGGUGUUUUCAGAAAAAGAUUCAUGUAGAUGGAUGCAGCAGAGAUAUACUGCUUUGCAAUGUAAAUGCUAUUAGUUGUAUUUAUGAAGUUCUGGAAAGAUACACAUAUUUGAUUGAUAUUGUUAGCAA